AUGUCAGCAGCUAACUACCAUUUCCAGGACUCUAUUUCACAUGAUAUCAAAAAGGGGAAAAAUAUUAUACUCUGCAUAGAUGGUACUUGUGAGAAUUUUGGUCCCCAUCCUUUCACAAACGUUCUCAAAUUGUACAAGUUGCUGGAAAAUAGUGAUCCAUCAAAACAGAUAUGCUAUUACCAACCAGGCAUUGGCAUAGCCGCUGACUGUGAUCCUGUUACUGACUUUCGGAGAAGAUUCACAUUGUCAAGUUUCAGAAACAUGUUGGAUUCGAUGUUUGCGUUCAAUAUAGGUUCUCACGUUCAAGCAGCGUAUUCAUUUUUAAUUAAAUACUAUGAAACUGGAGAUAGGAUUUAUAUGUUUGGCUUUUCUCGUGGUGCAUUUAUUGCAAGAGUCUUAGCAGGAAUGAUCGAAAAGGUGGGGCUUUUGAGUAAAGGUCAAGAUAAUCUUGUGCAAAUGGCAUGGAAAGUGUACAUAAAAUGGGAAUAUGAGAAACAGCCAAUACAACCAAAUUAUACAACAACCUUGGUUCAGGAGUUCAAAAAAACGUUUUGUAGAAAUGAAGUUAUCAAAAUCACAUUUCAAGGUUUGUUCGAUUCCGUGAAUUCUGUUGGUAUCUUCAGAGAUAAACUAUUUCCCUGCACACAAAAGUGUCAAAUUGUUGAGCAUGUACGCCAUUGUCUGUCUCUGGAUGAAAGAAGAGGUAAAUUUAAACAGUUUUGCAUUGAACCGACAUUACUUUUGCCCAAGAAAACUAUUCUAAGUUACAGACACUAUAUCUGUCCAUCGCAGGAACAUACGCCAGAAUUCCACAACGCUAAUCAUUCAAAACUGAGCAUAACUACAAAAGGCGUAAAGUUAAAUCAAAAUAAAAUACAAAGUAACACAUCAUUUGUUAAUAUAGAGGGAACAUUCAAGUAUGAACCGAUCGAAGCCCUGUGCGACAGCGCUUAUACAAGUAUACCUGAUUUAAUCGAGAUGUGGUUUCCAGGGGACCACGCAGAUGUAGGUGGUGGUUGGGCCCUAGACGGAGAAACAAUGGAAAGUUCAUCCAAUAUCUCACUACGAUGGAUGAUUUCAGAAGCAAUUAAAUUUGGGGUUUCCUUCAACCCUACUGCGCUUAAAAACUAUAGUGAUCAAGCUACUUCUGUGGGAUCAUUGUUUGCAGAUACUCAUGAUUACUUGAAAUUACAUGUUACAAGACAUGAUAUAAAACUAGAUUUUAAGAAAAACAGAGUUGAUAUUAAUGGAUUUGAUUUGGCUCCACUUGCUAAUAUUAGAGCAAUAUUGAAAGCAGGCUACGAAAAAAAAUUGUACAAUGCCAUUGCCAGGAAUGAUCUCAUCAUUAAAGCAAAAUAUGGAGCUAGAUGUGGUAGAUUGAAGCAAUUUCUUGUUUUUGUUUGGUGGCUCUUAGAAUUCAUACCUGUUAGUUUGAAGCUUGAUAAACCGGAUGGGUCAUCUAGAGAAAUUUGCUUUCCCAAUUUGGGUAGGUCGAGACAUGUUCCAGAAUAUGCCCUGUUACAUUGGUCAGUAUUCUGGAAGUUAAGAUUUAGUAAAAAUUACCGACCUACAAACCUCCCAAAGUAUGUUAAAAAUUUGUUGAGCGAGAUGGAAGGACUGGUUUUCAAUAAAUCAAAUUAUCGUGAUAAUAGCGCUGGUGAUAUUUCGAAAAUGCCUUAUAUCUUCAAUACCAACUGUAAUAAUGGUAGGGAGGCAAUACUACGACAAAGCAGUAAUUUAUCUAUAUCAUCUACACUCAUUAACGAGACUUUGCAUGACCGUGUUUCUCAGGAAACAAGGGAAAUGCUACUGAAAUGGGUAGAAGAGAAAUGGCAACAUGUACCUGAUGACUUGGAGGGGUAUCUUUAG